AUGUACCUGAUGUGGCUUAAAGGUAUACAGUUUUUAAUCUUCAUAAUACUGACUGUGUUUUGCUUUCAGAAGCCAGAUGUCCUGACUACUGGUUCUGGGAACCCAGUUGGGGAUAAGCUUAAUAUCCUGACAGCGGGGCCACGUGGGCCUCUUCUUGUUCAGGAUGUUGUUUUCACUGAUGAGAUGGCCCAUUUUGAUAGAGAGAGGAUUCCUGAAAGGGUUGUGCAUGCAAAAGGAGCAGGAGCCUUUGGCUAUUUUGAAGUGACUCAUGAUAUUACUAAAUACUGUAAGGCGAAAGUUUUUGAACACAUUGGAAAGAGAACUCCAAUCGCAAUACGAUUCUCCACUGUUGCUGGAGAGUCUGGAUCAGCCGAUACAGUUCGUGACCCUCGAGGCUUUGCGAUGAAAUUCUAUACAGAGGAGGGCAAUUGGGAUCUUGUGGGAAAUAAUACUCCUAUUUUCUUUAUUCGGGAUACGAUGUUGUUUCCGUCCUUCAUCCAUAGCCAAAAGAGGAAUCCUCAGACUCAUUUGAAGGAUCCGGAUAUGGUGUGGGACUUCUGGAGCCUUCGCCCUGAGUCUCUGCAUCAAGUGUCUUUCCUGUUCAGCGAUCGUGGUAUUCCUGAUGGAUAUCGCCAUAUGAAUGGAUAUGGAUCACAUACGUUUAAAAUGAUCAAUGCAAGUGGAAAUGCAGUUUACUGCAAAUUCCAUGCAAAGACUGAUCAGGGCAUCAAAAAUCUUCCUGUUGAAGAAGCAGGAAAAUUGGCUUCUACUGAUCCUGACUAUGGAAUACGUGAUCUUUACAAUGCUAUUGCCAAAGGAAACUAUCCUUCGUGGUCUUUCUACAUUCAAGUUAUGACAUUUGAAGAAGCAGAGAAGUUUCCAUUUAAUCCUUUUGAUUUAACUAAGAUUUGGCCUCACAGUGACUACCCUCUCAUCCCUGUGGGAAGACUUGUCUUAAACAGGAAUCCUGUCAAUUACUUUGCAGAGGUAGAACAAAUGGCAUUUGAUCCUAGCAACAUGCCACCUGGUAUUGAACCUAGCCCUGACAAAAUGCUGCAGGGUCGCCUUUUUGCAUAUCCUGAUACUCAUAGACACCGUCUGGGCCCUAAUUAUCUACAACUUCCUGUGAAUUGUCCCUUCAGAGCUCGUGUGGCCAAUUAUCAGAGAGAUGGACCAAUGUGUGUGUCUGACAACCAAGGCGGUGCCCCGAACUAUUAUCCAAAUAGUUUUACUGGUCCAGAAGAUCAGCCGAUUGUGAAGGAGAGCCGUAUGUUCUUUUCGGGUGACGUGCAGCGCUUCAACAGUGCAGACGAAGAUAAUGUGUCCCAGGUGCGAGUAUUCUAUACCAAAGUGCUGAAGGAGGAUGAACGCCAAAGGCUGUGUAAAAACAUUGCUGAUCAUCUUAAAGACGCUCAACUCUUCAUUCAGAAAAGAGCUGUGAAAAACUUUACUGAUGUUCAUCCUGACUAUGGGGCUCGUAUUCAGGCACUACUGGACAAAUACAAUGCUGAAGCUGGGAAAAAGGAUGUAAUUAGGACAUACACACAAUCCACAUCCAGUGUGGCGGCUAAAGAAAGAUCCAACCUGUAAACUGCGCUAGAGGUUUGCUCUGCUCUUGCCUUUUGCAUCCACAUAACUGCAGGACAAGCUACUGAAGACAUUAAUGAAUGUAGCAGA